UGUUGAGGGUGAAGCUCCAAGCAGUGAAACUGGCACCUCCUUGGACAGCCCAUCUGCUUACCACCAAGGACCUAUAACACACAGCUCAGCUCUGAGCCCAGACCACUACGAGCACUCUGCCUACGGGCUGUACUCUGUCUCCCCUGGGCAGCAGAGAUCCCGGCGGCCCAAGCUGCAGCACUCCACAUCCAUACUGCGAAAACAAGCGGAGGAAGAAGCUAUUAAAAGGUCAAGAUCGCUUUCUGAGAGCUAUGAACUCUCUUCAGACCUCCAAGAUAAGCAGGUGGAGAUGCUAGAACGGAAGUAUGGAGGCCGUCUCAUAACGCGCCAUGCUGCCCGCACCAUCCAGACGGCCUUCCGCCAGUACCAGAUGAACAAGAACUUCGAGCGGCUGCGCAGUUCCAUGUCAGAGAACCGCAUGUCCAGGCGCAUCGUGCUGUCCAAUAUGAGAAUGCAGUUUUCCUUCGAAGGGCCUGAGAAAGUCCACAGCUCCUACUUCGAAGGCAAGCAGGUCUCCGUCACGAACGACGGCUCCAAGCUGGGCCCCAUGGUUGCCUCGGAGUGCGCUGACCUGGAGGAGGCGGCUCCUAUGAAGUCUCCGGCAGCCUCCGCCGACUUUGCUGACGCCAUCACGGAGCUGGAGGACGCCUUCUCCAGGCAGGUGAAGUCCCUGGCGGAGUCCAUUGACGACGCCCUCAACUGCCGCAGCCUGCACUCCGAGGAGGUGCAGACCCCAGAGCAGGUGAGGAGUCGCGAGAUGGAGAGGGAGAGCUGCACUCAGCCCAAGCCAGCCCUGCAUGGCGUGGAUCACAGGAAGCUUGACGAGAUGACAGCCUCCUACAGCGAUGUCACCUUGUACAUCGAUGAGGAAGAGUUGUCCCCACCCCUCCCGCUCUCCCAGUCGGUAGACAGGCCGUCCAGCACGGAAUCUGACCUGAGGCUCCGUUCCAUGAACUCUUCUCAGGAGUACUGGUCCAUGACCCACAAAGAUGAUAAGCUGGACACUGACACGAGCUGCAGGAGCACCCCGUCGCUGGAGUGUCAGGACCAGAGGAUGAGGAUGGAUCAUCUACCAUUGCUAACCAUAGAGCCGCCCAGUGACAGCUCGGUGGACUUGAGCGACCGCUCGGAGAGAGGGUCACUAAAGAGGCAAAAUGCCUACGACCGAGGGAUCACGAGUCAGCAAGGAAGCCCUAAACACAUCCCACACAGUAUUCCUGCCAAGAUGAUAUCCCGAGAGGAACAGGAGGCAAGGCACAGGCCUAGGCCUAUCGAGAGUCACUUGGCUAUCAAUGGCACAGCAAACAGGCAGAGCAAGUCGGAGUCUGAUUACUCUGAUGGAGACAACGACAGCAUCAACAGCACUUCCAACUCGAAUGACACAAUAAACUGCAGCUCAGAAUCUUCUUCCAGAGACAGCCUCAGGGAGCAAACCUUGAGCAAGCAAACCUACCACAAAGAGACUCGCAACAGCUGGGACUCCCCUGCCUUCAGCAACGAUGUGAUCCGGAAGCGCCAUUACAGGAUCGGCCUCAACCUCUUCAACAAAAAACCUGAAAAAGGAGUCCAGUACCUAAUUGAACGAGGUUUUGUGCCAGACACUCCAGUUGGUGUUGCUCACUUUCUCCUGCAAAGGAAAGGUCUCAGCAGACAGAUGAUCGGAGAGUUCCUGGGCAAUCGGCAGAAACAGUUCAACCGAGACGUGCUGGACUGUGUUGUGGAUGAGAUGGACUUCUCAACCAUGGAACUGGAUGAAGCACUCAGGAAAUUUCAGGCUCAUAUCCGUGUUCAAGGAGAAGCCCAGAAAGUAGAACGACUGAUCGAAGCUUUUAGCCAGAGAUACUGUAUCUGCAAUCCAGGUGUGGUGAGACAGUUUAGGAACCCUGACACCAUCUUCAUCCUAGCCUUUGCCAUCAUACUGCUGAACACAGACAUGUACAGCCCAAACGUGAAACCGGAGCGCAAAAUGAAGCUGGAAGAUUUUGUUAAGAACCUAAGAGGUGUGGACGAUGGGGAGGACAUCCCCCGGGAAAUGCUGAUUGGGAUUUAUGAACGAAUCCGCAAGCGGGAGCUGAAGACCAACGAGGACCACGUGUCCCAGGUCCAGAAGGUGGAGAAACUCAUCGUGGGCAAGAAACCGAUUGGAUCUCUGCACCAUGGACUUGGCUGUGUCCUCUCCCUACCCCACCGGAGGCUUGUUUGCUACUGCAGGCUGUUUGAAGUUCCAGACCCAAACAAACCUCAGAAGCUUGGAUUGCACCAGAGAGAAAUAUUUUUAUUUAAUGAUCUUCUCGUGGUGACCAAGAUCUUCCAGAAGAAGAAGAACUCAGUGACAUACAGCUUUCGACAAUCCUUCUCCCUCUAUGGAAUGCAAGUGCUGCUUUUUGAGAACCAGUAUUAUCCCAACGGUAUUCGGCUCACGUCAGCUGUUCCAGGAGCAGAUAUCAAAGUGCUAAUAAAUUUCAAUGCACCAAAUCCUCAGGACAGGAAGAAGUUUACAGAUGAUCUGAGGGAGUCGAUUGCAGAGGUUCAGGAGAUGGAAAAGCACAGAAUAGAGUCCGAGCUGGAGAAGCAGAAGGGCGUGGUGCGGCCGAGCAUGUCGCAGUGCUCCAGCCUGAAGAAGGACUCCGGCAACGGGACGCUGAACAGAGCAUGCCUGGACGACAGCUACGCCAGCGGGGAGGGGCUGAAGAGGAGCGCUCUGAGCAGCUCCCUGCGGGACCUGUCGGAAGCAGGCAAGCGUGGGCGACGCAGCAGUGCAGGAUCGCUAGACAGCAAUAUGGAAGGGUCCAUCAUUAGCAGUCCUCACAUGCGCCGAAGAGCUACAUCAACCCGAGAGUGUCCAUCUCGCCCUCACCAGACUAUGCCUAACUCCUCCUCACUCCUAGGUUCCUUAUUUGGUAGUAAAAGGGGAAAGGCACCUUCCCAAGGCCAUCCACCAUCUGGCUCAUCACAGCAACCUCCAGUAAUCCCCCAUCAGCAGCACUCACAGCAUCCUUCCGCCAUGCAUCACGCAGGGCCAGGCGAGGGGCAGACGCAGGCGCAGGUGCACUCCCACCACUCGCAGUACUGCCACAUGCAGCAGAACCCUCCGCCCUACCACCACCACCACCACUACCACCCUCCCCAGCACAUCCAGCACCCCCACCAGUACCACCAGCACCUGCCCCACGCCCAGCACGCGCCCCACCCCCCGCACACCCCCUACCUGCCGCACGGCCACGCACCGCACGCCCACCCUGCCCACCCCCCGCCGCACCCGGGCCACGCCGCGCACCCCCAGCACCACCACGGGCCGCCACCACCGCCGCCCUCCACCUCCGCCAGCACCAAGCCCAAACACAGCGGCAUCAGCACAAUAGUCUAGGAGGUUCUGCCCCUCCCGGGACCUUAGUUUUAAACGCAGUGGCAGAGGCACUUAAGAGGAAGCACCGGGUCAGGUGGUCAGAUUUCCCCAUGCCAAUUGGAGCCGGGUGAGCUUUAAGGCUUGCUGUAACUUAAAUAAAACCAUUCCGACACUGGUUUUACUUCCCCCACCAGCUUGGUUAGUCCUGGUUGCCAGACUGCCUUGUGAAAACCUGCUGCUUGCUGCACCUGAGUAAAGCUACCUUUUACACCAAACCCACCCUCCCCUCCAUCCCCCUCAGAGGUUUUACACUUAAAUCUCUGAAAGAACCACCACCAACAAAAAAGAAAAGGCAAAAAAAGAGAUACAGACCCCAGUGUCACAUUCUUGCUCUUCUCUUGGCAAUGGGCAAACAAACAAAAAUUAAGUAGACCUGAUAUGGUUGA